AUCGAAGGUGGCGAGAUGCUGUCUGUGUGGAGAUGUGAACAGGAGGACCAUGCGCUGCCGACCCUGGAGGAGCUCGGGAAAGCUGAAUCCUCGAUCACGAGGUGCGUCACAAGUCUUGGGGAGGACCAGCUGCCACCGGGCCGGGUGUAAUUUAUAACGGGCUCCGUGGGCACCGAGCGUUGCAUGGAAGUAUAAAGCGGAGUGGUCGUGGCCACUAGGCCCUUACUCUCGCUGCUUCGGUGGUUCGAGAGCUUGAGAAGAUGGCUGGAAUAUUGACUGUACUAGGUGUCCUCGCGGUGCUGUUAGCAACAUCUUCCGGAGUCUUUGCCUUGGAGAAUGGAGUAGCUCGCUUGCCGGUGCUGGGGUACAACACCUGGAACGCAUACGCUUGCAACAUCGACGAAAAUCUCAUCCUUGAAACUGCAUCGCUCAUGCAGUCACUCGGGUUGCAAGAUGUCGGAUACACGCAUGUGAACCUAGACGACUGUUGGGCUGAGAAGAACCGUACGGCGGAUGGUUUGCUUGCUCCAAAUGCCGAAAGGUUCCCGAGCGGCUUCAAUAACCUGACGAGUCAGCUCCAUGAUAUGGGAUUCCAAGCCGGUAUUUAUGAAGACUCAGGCUGGUUGACGUGCGCAGGAUAUCCGGGGAGCUACAGCAACGAGCUCCUGGAUGCGACUACGUUCCAGAAUUGGGGGUUCGACUAUCUAAAGUACGACAACUGUUAUAUCCCCUUCGACGAUGUCAUUCGACAAGGAACGUACGGAAAAUACCAGCGCAUGGCAGAUGCCAUCGCUCAACUUGCAAGUUCCUCUGGAGAAUCGCCUUUGAUAUAUUCUCUGUGCGAGUGGGGCUGGAGUCAAGUCUGGAUCUGGGGUACCACCGUGGGCAAUAGUUGGCGGGUCGAUGGAGACAUCGCUGACAACUGGGACGCGCUUGCGAACAUUAUCAAUCUCGCGACGUUCAUCACCGGCUACACCAAUUACUACGGAAGGAACGACCUGGACAUUCUCGAAGUCGGUAAUGGGAACAUGACCUAUGACGAGAACAAGUCUCACUUCACGGCUUGGGCAUUGCUCAAGUCGCCCCUUCUGAUCGGAACUAAUCUGUCCGCGGCCUCGCCAGAUAUCAUUGGGAUCCUGAAGAACACGGAGAUACUCGCCAUCAACCAGGAUCCGACAGUCGGAAUGAGCAUCUCACCGUUCCGUUGGGGUAUCAACCCCGACUGGACGAGCAAUAGCUCCUACCCUGCGCAAUAUUGGAGUGGGCCUUCAGAGAACGGAACGGUCUUCAUGCUCCUCAAUACGCUGGACGAGCCCGCCAACAUGUUUUUCAACUUGACCGAGUCGCCGUGGAUCCGCGCGGGGAGACAAUACUCGGUCCGGGACUUGUGGACACACACCGACAAUGGGACUGCUGUACGCAACUUCACUGCGGCCGCUGUGCCUCCUCAUGGCGUCGUUGCGUUAUUGCUCCAAGAUGCUGGGGACGAACCUGCUGGUAUCUUGCCCCUCUGUGCCGUCUAUUACCAAUGUUCUUCCGAGAAUGGGACGUCCGUCGACGGCAGCUAGAAGCCGUUGUACUUCUGUUGUUGAUUUGAAAUGGACUGAUGACAGCUGAUGACGUUGUGUGUGGGCGUCGGCCAAUGUGUUCAUAUCAUAUUGG